AUGCUGCCUUCUUCCCGGACCCAGCUGGGGCUCUUCUUCAUCCUCCUUUGCCCUGCCAAUAUCAUCGGGCUCUGGUGGGCAGUGGGGAGCCCCCUGGUCAUGGACCCCAACAGCAUCUGCCGCAAGACGAAGCGGCUGGCGGGCAAGCAGGCGGAGCUGUGCCAGCUGGAGCCAGAGAUUGUACAGGAGGUGGCCAAGGGCACCAAGCUGGGCGUCCGGGAGUGCCAGUACCAAUUCCGCUUCCGCCGCUGGAACUGCACCAGCCACAGCAAGUACUUCGGCAAGAUCUUACAGCAGGAUAUCCGUGAAACAGCCUUCGUGUAUGCCAUCACGGCGGCCGGGGUGAGCCACGCCAUCACACAGGCCUGCAGCAUGGGAGAGCUGCUGCAGUGCGGCUGCGAGCUGACACGGAGCCGGACUCCUCCCUCCCCCACGGCGGGUCCGGGCACGGAGGGCACGGCCUGGGAGUGGGGGGGCUGUGGGGACGAUGUGCAGUUUGGCUACGAGAAAUCCCAGCAGUUUAUGGAUGCCAAGAACAAGAAAGGCAAAAAUGACAUCCGAGCUCUUAUCGACCUGCACAACAACGAAGCCGGGCGCUUGGCGGUGCGCAGCUACAUGAGGACAGAGUGCAAAUGCCACGGGCUGUCGGGCUCCUGCACCCUGCGGACCUGCUGGCGGAAGAUGCCCCACUUCCGCGAGGUGGGGGACCGCCUGCUGGAGCGCUUCAAUGGGGCUUUCAAGGUGAUGGGAGGGAACGACGGGAAAACCCUCAUCCCUGUGGGUGACAACAUCAAGCCCCCUGACAAGCAGGACCUCAUCUACUCCGCUGACUCACCGGAUUUCUGCUCAGCUAACCGUAAGACAGGCUCACUGGGCACCCGGGGCCGUGUCUGCAACAGCACAGCCAUGGACACGAGUGGGUGCGACCUACUGUGCUGUGGGCGAGGGCACCGGGAUGAGACAGUGGUGUUGGAGGAAAACUGCCUUUGCCGCUUCCACUGGUGCUGUGUGGUGCAGUGCCGCAAGUGCUCCGUCCGUCAGGAGCUCAGCCUCUGCGUCUGACAGCCUGGGGUCAGCCAAGGACAAUUUGGGGGGCCACCUCCAGGCUCACGCAGCCCCCCUGGGACAGAGACACGUGGAGCCAGUGGCAGGGACA